GACCAAUUUCAUGAUAUCAGUGUUAAGUGUAAAUAUUGGCCUCCGCACUUUAAGAAGCAUAGUGUUUCCGUAGGAGCACCAUGUCGGCGGAGGUCGCGGAGGAGGGCGGCGGCGGUGGUGGUGGUGGUGAGGUGCUGGAUGUUCCACCGCACUACUAUCCCGGCGCUUGCUUCGUCUGCAAGGCCACGCCGCCGCCCGGCGGCAGCCUCAGCCGCUGUGCCAACUGCCGCAUGAUCAAGUACUGCAGCAAGGAGCACCAGAAGCUCGACUGGCCUCUCCACAAGACCAUCUGCAAAAAGUUGCGCAACGACGACGGCAGCUCGGUGCUGGCGGACGGCGCCGGCAUCGUGGACGGGCAGGAGUGGCUGCGUCACCGCGCCAGCCAGACGCUGGCGCUGCGCCUCAUGCUGGGCCGCGAGCUGCGCCAGCACGAGAAGGAGAUGCUGUUCUUCCCGCCGGUAUGCGAGUGCUGCCACCGCUUCCGGCCGGCCGAGCAGAUCGAGUGCCGGCGCUGCCACUCGGCCAUCUAUUGUGGCGCCGAGCACGCGGCGCAGGACGCGACGCGACACGGCCGCUGGUGCGAGUCGCUGCGGCUGGCGCUCGCCUGCGACCGCUACGAGGCGCGCCUAGGCCUGGCCGACCCGCCCAUCCUGCCGGACGUCGACGAGCAGUACGCCCCGCUGCCGGCCGACAUCGUCACCAUGCUCAGCUCGCAGAUACUGGCGGAGCGCGAGGCGGUGCCCGACGGCGCCUACGUCGACCCGGUGCUGAUCGCGUUCCUGACCGAGCGGCUCAGCUUCCCGCUGACGGUACUGCACGCGCUGCAGCGGCUGCCGGCCGGCCGGCCCGUCCAGGAGCUGGAGCGGCUCACCGUGCACGUGGUCGGCGCCCAGAUGCUGGUCGAGUGUCUCGGCAUCAUCAAGUGGGAGUACCUGGUGCACCGACUGCCGGCGCUGAGGGCCAUCCGUCUGGUGUUCGUCGGUCCGGAGCUGUUCCGCGGCUGCGGCCGCGACAUGGCCGGCGCCGUCGAGGACUCGGGCGCCACGCGCUGCGAGGAUUGCACGCGCCGCCAGCGCGACGUGGUGCACGAGAUGCGACCGACCACCUACCACGCCUACUGCCGCGGACCGCACUGGACGCGACCCGACGUCGUCGUCUGCUUCAACUCGGGCAUCCACGAGUUUGCCGAGCGCGAGGAGGACACGUGGCGCGAGUCGCUGCCGUUCCUCGUGCGCCACGACGACGUGCCUCUGAUCCUGACGGCGUACACGCGUACAGAGCUGGACCGGGACCUGGCGCAGCUGGAGCGCGCCGUGCCGGACCUGCGCACGCGGCUCGAGCCGGCCAAGAACCCGUACGGCAGCACGAAACCGGUGCGCGACAUGUGUCGGGAGGAUGACUGCGACGUGUUCUUCCUGAACCAGUUCCUGGCAGUGGUGCAGGGCAGCGGCGGCGGCGACGCCUCGCCCUGCCGGUGAUGGGCGAGAGGUGGCGGCGACCGUUGGCGCGCGACGAGAGGUGGCGCCUGGCGGUGACGGACGGCGAGGCCGAGAGGUGGCGCUGGCCGGCGUGCCGGGGUGCUCAUCGCGGUGAACAGCCGGGGUGGGUGUCCGGCAGAGAGCCGGCAGCCGGGUCGAGUGUGGCUGGUGUGAGCCGCUGUGGGGACGACCGCCGCCGGCCGCCGGUCGCUCAGAGGUGCGCGGUCGGCCCCGUUGCGGCGUGUGGCGCCGCGGAGUGGCGCUCCCCGAGGCACGCUCGCUGUCGGGUGGCUCUGACACGGUAGCAUAUGCUUGUGUGUGAUCGGGCCUGCCGGGUACUCGGUCAUGGCGUCUGUCGCUACAUCCCUGUCCUGUUUCGUACCAUGGAACGGAACUGUUCCGGCAGGGUUCCGGCAGUUCGUGAUCCAUCCAUGUGGGUUUCCGGUCCGCUUUGAUGCUGGUGCCGUUUCUGUCCCUGACACCAGGCUGCAGAGGCGCCGCUGCCGUGAUGCGUGUCGUCAUGCUUUAUCUACGUUGCUGGCCAACAGAGAUUUCAAUGUACCGCCCCGUCGGCCCCAGACCCGUGCUCGUCGCUGGGUGGUCACAGCUGGUGUGUGUCCUGCGUCCAGAGCCCCCGGCCCCCUCAUUUCUGUGUAAACACGCGUUCUGAGGUGGACCGUGACCUUAGCACAUUUUUUGCGACGUUAGAGCGAACGGUGGAUGUCAGUUGGUGUAAGUCGAGUGUGCGAGCUGUCUCUCGAUGUUCGAGUUAUAUUGCUCGAAAAAUGCUGCGGCGGCAUUCGUUAAUGUUUUGUCAUCUAACGCGAAGGCUCAUCAAUAUACGUUUA